UUUACAGACCCCAAAUGCUGCAACAAAACUCAUCACCCUUUUCUUCAUCAUCAUCAUGCGAAUCUCUCCGAGAACCACCGCUCGAUCGCCGAGUUACAUUCUCCCCUCCGUCAUCGGCUUGUGCUGUCUCUCCCUCCUCUUCAUGCUCUACAAGGUGAACGAUUUCGCCACUCAGACCAGGACAGUCGCCGGCCACAACCUAAAGCCGACGCCGUGGCACCUGUUCAAGCCCAAGACCUUCAACCACGACGCGCUCCCCAGCCGGGCAUACAAGCUCCUCCAGUGCUCCUACCUCGCCUGCCGCUACAGAAACCAAGGCAACGACACGAAACAAGAAGAAGAGCAUCGACGUUCUGCUACUUCCGUUGCCAAAGCCCCGAAAUGCCCGGAGUUUUUCCGGUGGAUUCACCAGGAUCUGGAGCCGUGGGCCAAGACCAAGAUUUCUAAGGCUCAUGUUGAGGAGGCAAAGAGAUACGCUGCUUUCCGAGUGGUGAUUUCACGAGGGAAGUUGUAUGUGGACUUGUACUACGCUUGUGUGCAGAGCCGGGCUAUGUUUACGAUUUGGGGGUUGUUGCAGAUGCUUAAGAGGUACCCUGGGAGGGUUCCUGAUGUGGAUUUUAUGUUUGAUUGCAUGGACAAGCCUAGCAUUAAGAAGACAGAGCAUGUCGCAAAGCCUUUGCCGCUGCUCCGGUAUUGCACCAAUGACGACCACUUUGAUAUCCCAUUUCCUGAUUGGUCUUUCUGGGGAUGGCCAGAAACAAAUAUAGAGCCGUGGACUGAGGAGUUCCAGGCUAUCAAACUGGGUGGUCAGGAAACGACUUGGAGAAAGAAGGAGCUUCUGGCAUAUUGGAAAGGAAAUCCAGAUGUUGGCUCCCGUGUUCGUGAAGAGUUACUCAACUGUAAUGAUUCAAAGACGUAUAGAGCGCAGAUAAUGCGUCAGGAUUGGGAUGAGGAAGCAAAGGCUGGUUUCAAGCAGUCCGAACUAUCUAAGCAGUGCAAUCAUCGGUAUAAGAUCUAUGCUGAAGGCUAUGCUUGGUCUGUAAGUUUGAAAUAUAUCUUAUCAUGCGGUUCUCUGGCAUUAGUAAUAACACCGGAAUAUGAGGAUUUCUUCAGCCGCGGCCUCUUUCCCAAGGUUAACUAUUGGCCCAUCUCUCCUAAUGCAAUAUGUCCUUCCAUAAAAUCUGCUGUUGACUGGGGUCAUGGACACCUAGCUGAGGCUCAGGCAAUAGGAAGAAGAGGGCAGCAGUAUAUGGAAAACCUAAACAUGGAUCGAGUCUAUGAUUACAUGUUUCAUCUCAUCACCGAGUACUCAAAGUUGCAGGACUUCAAGCCAGUCCCUCCACGUAAUGCCAUGGAAGUAUGUGCAGAUUCUGUGCUUUGUCUUGCUGAUGACUCGAAACAGAGGGAAUAUCUUGAAAAGACAAGGGAAAACUCUGUUCCCGCCACCCCAUGCUCUCUCCAGCCUUCUGAUAGUAAUCUCAUCAAGAAAUGGAAGAAGGAAAAGAAAGAUGUAUUUCAGACUGUGGAGGAUAUGAAUCUUGUAAAUGAGAUACCUGGGCCAUUGCCAUAGUUAAAGGUUUUGGACUUUUAGUUUUGUUAGCUGGGGGUUAGUCUUAGAUUGCCCUGAAGUAAUUUUGUAUGUAUGCGUACAACAUAAUACGAAAUUAAGAUACACGUCUGAACAAA